AUGGGGUCAGAAAAGUCGCCGAUUGAGCCUGGUCCAACCCAGGACUUAGAUGUGUUCCCCUCAGAUGUGUCCACCACCCUCGAGAAAGAGGAACAACCAACCACUGGUACCUCUGGAUCCCCGUCAGAAAUCGCACCCGAUGAUGAACCGGAGGCCAGUGAUGCUCCACAAUACAUUGGCGGCACGCCGUUGUAUAUUGCCAUGGCAUCGCUCACCCUCGUGGCUUUCCUCAUGUUACUAGAUAUGUCCAUUGUCGCUACAGCCAUUCCUCAGAUUACGACCGACUUCAAUUCUUUGGGAGACGUGGGGUGGUAUGGAUCGGCGUACAACCUAGCAAGUGCAGCUUUACAGCCGCUCAGCGGAAAAUUGUACACGUACUUUAGAACGAAGGUUGCAUCAUACUCUCCUUAA